GUUACUUAAUCCCACCGUAUGGCAAAAAGCUCUUGGUCAAAUGUUUUUCUCAUUGAGCGUAACAAUGGGAGGACUCAUGACUUUAGCUAGUUAUAUCCCUUUCAAUAAUAACUGUUACAAGGAUUCUAUCUUAGUAAGUUUAUUGGACACUGGCACGAGUCUCAUGGCAGGGUUUGUAAUAUUUUCUGUUCUUGGGUUCAUGUCAAAUUUAAAGCAUACAACUCUCGAUAAAGUUGUCGCUGGCGGUACUGGUUUAGCGUUCAUCGUUUAUCCUGAAGCUCUUUCGCAACUACCUCUGCCUCAGUUUUGGAGUUUCAUUUUCUUUAUAAUGUUAUAUACUUUGGGCAUUGAUAGCCAAAUAACGUUUAUAGAAACGGUUCAAGCGGCCCUCCACGAUCAAUUUCCUAAAAAAUUCCCAAGAAAGAACAAAUCAUUAGUAUGUGGGACAUUAUGCUUCAUGUUCUUUAUUUUAGGAUUUCCUUGCGUAACAAGGGAUAUGAAAAAUUUACCAAAGAUAUAUCUUAUAUGCUGGGAUAUGAAUUACCAUACAAGAAAUAUUGGCAAAUAUCAUGGGCAUAUCUCGCACCAAGUGGAUUAAUAUUUGUGUGUGGGGCAUAUUUUGUGC